UGUUUUCAAAUGUUAAAAAAAAAUUAAAAGAGAGAGGCCCUGAUCUCACCCAUGGGGAAGUUUCCUGAAGUAUCUAGAGGCAAGCUAGAAAACCUUGGAGCUGGCUUCUCCCACAUGUCUGUAGUAGUUCUCUUUCUCCAUGUACCUGAAGAGAGUCUGGAAUUACUUAUAUUUUCACUUGAAGAAGAAAAAUGAAGAAUGUCUUUCUUUUCCAGAACAUUUGAGCCAACUUCUUUCCUUACACUGUCGUGCCUUGUUUGGUCACGUUCUAGUUCUUAAUGAGAAUCUGAUGCAAAAUGCCCCGUUUGGCUAGAAACCCGGGUUACCCUCAUUUUCAAACCCCUACAUCUCCCUACUGGCCAAGACACUCCUUGAAGGCAGGAAAAGGCCCUCUCUCGUUUGUGGCCUGGAGGUUAAUAUGGAUUCUUGAAGGCUCUGCCAACUGGGGCACGAUCUCUGUAAGGUCCCACCAAGUGGGAAAGAUUUCAAUUUCAGCUCCAGGGAUGGAUCAGCCUCGAUAAGUGUUAAAGGCUUAUUAGGAUAAUUUAAUUUUCAAUUCCCCAAGACCGUCUAAUAAGGCUGGAGCGAUCUGGAUUGUUAAAGUAAGUUCCCAACCCAAACCAGAGAGGAGACUGGCAAUGACUGGCUUGGUGCCAGGGCAUCCCCUGAAGCUGAUGAUGGAGCAUUCCGCAGGAGGCAUAGUUGUGGUUUUCCGCGCGUGCCUCAUCAGACUAGCCCUAGAGGAAACAAACAAACAGAUCCGAGGGGUGAGGUUGUCUUGGGCAACACCUUCGUCGCUUCUCCCCCGUGCGGGGCGAAGAAGGCGGGGUGGUUUCCUUUUUGUGUGUGUGUGUGUGUGUGUGUGUGUGUGUGUGUGUGUGUGCCUCCUUCAGGCCUGGAACCUUGCUUGUCGGAGUCUUGGUUUCCCCAGGUUGCUGGAGGGAAGGCUUUAAGAGGAGGACCGAGACAGGCAGAUUGUAAACAGAAAGCGGAGGAUUGGGGGAGCAGCGCCGGCUUCGGGCUGUCAUCGCGGGAGGACGAGGAGGACGAGCGGAACGAGGAGGGCAACGAGCCCUGCCUCACCUGCGCGCCGGUGUCCGGCGGGGGUGGGGGGUGGGAAAUAAAUUUCCUGUGGAAAACUAACCAAACCAGUUCCUGAGUUGGGAAACAUCAUCUUAAAGGAGCAUUUCUUCCCUACCUUCCUAAGACGUGAAGUCCAUGCUGUGUGACCCUGGGCAAGUCACUUAACCCUCAUUGCCUCACCAAAAAAAAAAGAAGUAGAAGUGAAAUCCAUCAGAAGCUGAUCCUGCUAGAGAGUGCUUUGUCAUAACCAAAAAAGUUCCUGCAGUGCUUGGGUCUUCUCGACUACAUCUAACUAAAUGAAGGUACUUUCUCUGUUCCCAGAACUACUUUAUGAAUGCACCUUAUCUCUUUGGUGUUAACAUUUUCAUGAAAUUCUCCCUUCACCUAAUUCAGGACACUUGAAUCUCUUGAAAACCAGUGAAAUGGAAGCCUUGGAAGUAGAUGAUAUCAGCCCAGCCUUGGAAGUGACAGAGGAUUUCUUCAGUUGUUUUGAUACUAAGUUAGAAAAGGUUGUCCAGCAAGCGGAGGUUUAUGGCAUUCAGGAAGUCCCUGAACUCGUUGGGCAUGAGGUAUUCAAUAAAAUAGCAGACAGUGGUGCCAUCAGGAGUGGCACCUCCCUGGGCAAAGGCAACAAUGCCAUUUGGGAGAGCUGUCAAAGUGGCCUCUUGGAAACCAAAGUACCCAAUGUAUUCCCUGCCAAAGAACAGUUUAUUGUCCAGAGAGGCACCGCUCCUGAUCACCUCUCCUGGAUGGAACAAAAGGAAGCUUCAACCUUUGCUUUUUUCAACAUCUGUCAACGUCGGAGGGAUAGGCCUCGGUCUGUGAAUGACUUACUGGAUGAGACCUCUUCUUUCAAGCCAGGCCAUGCCCGAUCCCGGUCAGAUACUUCACAUGUGGAGUGGGGAGUGGUCUUCAAAUCCACUCCUUUGCCAAAGCCAUCUGUUCAAGGCACUCAGCCCACAAAGUCACCUUUCUUACCACCAUCCCACCAUAAAGGAAAAGAUGCUCAAGGAAAUACAGAACAUAGACAAACAUUCCCAAAUAUUCUGAAGAAGGGUUACCUCGAAAUUAGGAAGGAUCACGACAGUUACUGGCAAAGCUGUUAUGCCGAACUUUCACCAUAUAAUCUGUACUUCUACUGUCUUGACAACAGUGGCAAUCAAAACCUUUAUGCCACUUACCAGCUUUCACACUUCCAGAGUAUAUCGGUCCUGGGCAACCUUGAGACAAGAAUGGUGGAUGUUGUCCUAUCUGACAACACCCAGCUCCAAUUGAAGGCAGAGUCGCCAUGGGAAGCCUUGGAUUGGGGCCAGAAACUUUGGGACGUUGUUCAUGCUACUGUGCCCACUUAUAUGGGGCACCGUGACGAACUGGAAAACUCACCGGUGCUGGGACACAAUGACUUUCUUCACACUCAGUGCUUACAGAAGCCCAAUGGGCUGCUCCAAUCAACUUCUUUCAUGGACAAUUCUAAACAGUACCAAAACAUCCUCAAGUCGGGAACUCUCUACAGACUCACUGUCCAAAAUAACUGGAAGGCUUUUACAUUUGUGCUGAGUAAAGCCUACCUCAUGGCUUUUCAGCCUGGCCGACUGGAUGAGGAUCCCCUGCUGAGCUACAAUGUCGAUGUGUGCCUGGCCGUCCAAACCGACAACCUGGACGACUGUGACUCCUGUUUUCAAGUCAUCUUCCCACAAGAUGUCCUCCGCCUACGGGCUGAGACUCGGCAAAGAGCACAAGAGUGGAUGGAGGCCCUGAAAACAGCCGCCAAUGCAGCAAGGAGCUUAGGGCAAAACCUACAGGUCACUCUUAGAAACAAAUCAAGGGAUCAGGUGGGUGGGCACGAUCUCAGGAAGAACAAACGCCAGUCUGUGACCACCAGUUUUCUGAGUAUUCUCACAACGUUGUCCUUGGAGAGAGGACUCACUGCUCAGAGUUUUAAGUGUGCAGGCUGUCAGCGAUCCAUAGGCCUGUCCAAUGGAAAAGCCAAGGUGUGCAGUUAUAGUGGAUGGUAUUACUGCAGUAGCUGUCAUGUGGAUGAUCAUUUUCUUAUCCCAGCACGGAUAGUUCACAACUGGGAUAUUUCAAAAUAUAAGGUAUCUAAGCAAGCCAAAGAGUUUCUGGAGUAUGUGUAUGAGGAACCAUUGAUUGACAUCCAACAGGAAAAUCCCAUGUUGUACAGACAUGUUGAGCCACUGGCAACUGUUGUCCGUCUAAGGCAGCAAUUGAAAUCUCUCCGAGCCUAUUUGUUCAGCUGCCGAGCUGCUGUGGCUGAGGAUCUUCGCAGAAGAAUUUUCCCCAGAGAAUACCUCCUUCAGCAGAUCCAUCUAUACUCUCUUGCGGACCUACAGCAGGUAAUUGAAGGAAAGCUGGCCCCUUUUUUGGGGAAGGUCAUUAAAUUCGCCACCUCACAUGUGUACAGCUGCAGCCUAUGUAGCCAAAAGGGCUUCAUCUGCGAAAUCUGUAACAACGGAGAGAUCCUUUACCCUUUCGAAGAUAUUUCGACAAGCAGGUGUGAAAGCUGUGGAGCAGUUUUCCACUCUGAGUGCAAAGUGAAGUCAGUCCCCUGCCCCAGAUGUGUCCGGCGAGAGCUGCAAAAGAAGCAGAAGUCCUUCUGGAGGAGACUGAAUAUGGACGAGAGCCUAGAAGAGGCAUGCAGCAUGUUUGAGCUGUCUUACCAGAACACAUGACUGCCAGCCACAGGCCCUGGGGGAGAAUGAUCCUCUGUGGUAGAAUGGCUCUUGAACAAGCCAGACACAUACUCUGGGAGGAAGAUGUGUCUGCCCUUUAGCUAGAGGUACAGACACAUAUAUGUAUAUGUUUUCAUAUGUACGUAGGUACUGUCAAAAGGACCCAAAAGCCUUUGUGGCUGGAAAAACUACCAGUUGCUGAUUACAUUUUGUCAUGAUUUUUAGCUGCUUCAUCUCAAGCAAGAUGUAGUAACGCACAUAAUGCUUUAGAGGUCACAGACUUUUGUUUGUUUGGUUUCUUUUUGGCCCCCAGGAGCCAUUUUAUUCUAUAGGCAGAAACAUUUUCUGCCUUGCUUAUUAUUUCAUUCUGGGGGUUGUUUUGUAAGCAACAAUAGUGCUUCGGGUGAUUUUUGUGUUAUUUAUUUUUAGCCUUCACACAAGCUGAAGCAAUUGCAACAAGUUGACCCAUCCCCUGUUUCAUGGGAAAGUUUUCAAAAUACAAUGACUCCUCUUGGCUCCUUCCAGGACCCUCUAUCACCGGCUAUGCCCCCUCAUUUCAAUUUCUGCCACAGGAACUAUAAACCCCCUGCUGGUAUUUCACCUAAACAAAGUGGAAUAUCUUGGAAGCCAGAAGCUGUGCUCAGGUGCCUCUUCUGACAGUACUCAUCCCCAUUUCAUCCAUGGGGUUAGUUCCGAUUUUAAAGUUACACUUUAUAAAUUGUGCUUCCUGAUAAAAGACAAGAUUUCUAUGAAAAAUUGUAAUCAGAUCAUUUGUUGUUAUAUCUCCCAGCAUCCUUUUCUUCAUGGGGUGGCCACAGGUCAUAUGUGCCAGAUUAUAUUCACAGCUAUUUUAAAUCAGAAAUGCCACAGAGAAGCCCAAUGUCCUGUCAACAGGGGUGAUAUUUAUGGCUUUUAAUGGGGCUGGGCUCAAAAGAAAUUAUAUCAUUUUACUUAAUGCUGCAAUUAACAGGCUGGCAAAUAGAGCCUAUGAUGAUCCCACUCCAGGAGAAGAUGCCUUCACUGUAACGCCUAUAAAUUCUUCCCAACUACCUUCUGUCUUGGUUUCCAUUCACAGCUGUGUCAUGUGGGUCUACUUCAUAUUAACUCUGCUUUCAUGUUUUGUCAUUUUUUAAAAAGUUUUUCAACCCAUUUUAUUUAUACUCUUUGGGUACUAAGAAUAUAAGAAUAAGUAAUGAUAUAAGUAUACUACUUUAAAAGAAAAAAGUUAGAAAACAUAUCCACUUUAAUAUAAAACCAUGAGUGCUAGAAUAAAUAGGAAAAGUACUGAGUCGCUUUGCUGCUGGGCAGGGUCGUGGUGUUCCCAGUGCAGUGUCCUUUUAAAGGCCACAGGUACUAUUGUCACUGGGACAGAAGUGGCAGGUGGGGCAGCCCUGGAUACAAGAUUUGCUUCCGUUCCCUUCCAUUAAAAUAACUUACUACAAUAGUAAAAUGUGUCGAUAUUGAAGGUGAAUUCCUAAUCGACUUGGGAGGUCUAUUUCACUGCAGAUGCAAAGCCUUUGGCUUCUUUGUGAUUCAAUUGUUGCCGAGUUUUUAAAACUUCACCUCACUUUGUUUCACAAAGGACCAUCCAUGAUACAUUCAUCCUCCCUUUCUCCAGAACUCGGCACAUGUAUUUUUAUGUGACUCUCACACAAAGGAAUAACUGAGCUGACUCUGGUGCCGGCAGGCAGUUAGAUGUGAACAUUUCACCUCUUGACUCACACCAGUCCCUCAUACUACAGACCACACAUUUAAACUUAAUAGCUAACCACCAGGCGUUUAGUUUCUGAAUUAUACAGUAGCUGGAAUGCUGUAGCUGAGGCAUGAAAACUUGUUAAAAGGCCAGGCCUAUUCAUAAGAAGCCUUAUGGUGCCUUUUCCUCUUGGAAAAACAGGUUAUCUACACCACUACUCCACCCUCCCUUCCUUCUCCCCUUCCUCCCCAACAUGGCUUACAUACAAAAGAAAAGGGGUGGAAAUUUAAAAAUAAGCGCUUGGCAGACAGGCAAACAAUCUGAUCUCCUCUCACCCCCCACGUUCCCGAAAUACAGUAUUUAUAUUUUCCAGCCUCAGAGAAGAUAGCAGAACAUGAUCUUUCACAAGAGAAUUAUAGACCUGCUUAUUAUAAAACAGAUGUGCUCCAAUGGCAAAGUGCCUUCCUCCCUCCGCCCCCAGUUCCUUGUCACUGUCGCUUAUUUUUUGCCUUUGUUAUAAUUACUGUAUCUGUGAUCCUGGCCGUGAGUGAGCCUAGCCAUAGUGAGCUGCAUCUGGGGACCUGAGGAAUAGGAUUGCUCCUCUCCUCUUCUAGCACGCUUAAUCUCUGUACAGUAUUACUCCGUCUCAGGGGUAAAGACACGAAUUUGGCCUCACAGGCCCUGUGGCUCUGUUUCCCAAGGUGCCCGUUAAGGUGGCCUUGCUAAACAAGAGUCCAGAUGAAACCCACAAGAAAACUGUCCACAUCCAUCACUUUAUGCAUGUUCCCAAAGGAAGACACAAAAGUAAAAUUGCAAUCAUCCUAUCAGAUUUAGAACAGUGGCCUUUGGUCCUUUCCCCCUUGUUGUGAAGUUUCACCAAGGGCCAGCUUUGGCAACCCUGGCUGCCAGGCCUCAGCUUAACUUCUCUGCUGCCAUCGCAACAUCUGCUGGGGGUGAGGAUCACAGACAUUUGAAUUUACAUAUGCCGCGAAAAUGCAAAGUGACCGUUUAUACCCCAGAAUGCCUUAGAAGAGUUUAUGAUACUUCUUUACUGUUUUCAAGUCUAAUAAAUGGCUUUGUGCAGUGCAUUCAGCAUUUGCCCCUCCUGUUAGAAAACAGUCAAACUGGAUGCAAACCUCAUGGAUCACUGCCUUCUUAAGGCCCAAUGAAUAUCCUGUUUUCCCGUGUGUUCUGUUUCUCAUCCUGGGUUGAACGUCUUACUUGUGAGGCAUAUAACAAAAUGGCCAAUUAAUCUCCUAGAGCUGGCAGCAGGUUCGAGGAACCUUUCUUCACUGAAAGGGCCAACCAUUUCCCUGGUGCGUCCCCUGAGGAAAUCGCUUCUGCCAGUGCCAGAACUAUCUUAGGGUGUGAUAUUGUCCAAUCUUGAUGAAAUAUUGGCAAGUCAAGCCGUGUAGCAAAGAAGCCAGUUCCUUAAAUAGGCCUCAAUUUGCACCACUGCAGGAAGGCCACAGAGCCCUUACAAUCACUUAACUGAAAUGGAAGAAGUUUUCUUGUUGCGUCCAGUUUUCCCCCAAAGUUAAAAAACAUUUCUACAAGACAAACCGAGCAAACUUCUUACCUUGCUUUUGCUUCUCUGCCUGUUAGCGGGCAGCAUUAUAGUUAUUUGUACAUCCCCAAAUGUGAAGCAUGGUCAUUGUUUGGAACAUUUCAUUAGCUAACGGACAACCACCUACUAAAAAACAAACGAUCCUGCACUUCAGGGAAAAGUGGCUAGGAAUAUGGAUUUCUGUGAUUUCUAAGAGAUUGAUUUUCCCAGCUCUUCUUGAGAGGGAGUUUUCUUUCAUUUCUCCUCAGUUUCUAUAAGAAGCAGAAGCAUUUACAAAAAUACAGGACCCCUCUUCUAACCAAGCCACCUGCUACAAGCCGUCCAAAGCUCAUCACUGAUAGAUGGCAAACCCCUUUGGUCUGUUUCUCUUUGUGUAUCCAUACCUAUUGCUGAACGCUGGUGCAACAUCAUUUUUCUCUCCGCUCCACCAACCAACCAAGACAUUUGACUUCUGAUCCAUGUAAAUUUUCUGUAUUCAUACAAUAGAAGAACCCUUUAUAAAAUAAUUUGACAUGAUUCAGCUGCAAAACAGAAACAUUCUCAAUGGAAGUUGGACUCUGUUCUACUCCUUCUUUAGAGUCAAUCCAAAAACAUUGUGGAUAUAUAUGCUUGUACUGAACUAUUUUCCACUGUAGUUCUUUGCGAACUUUGCUGAAAUACCUAUACUAUAACUGCAACCUUGAACUUGCUUAUCCUACUUCACACUAGGGUCUAUAAAGAACGCAAAGAUUAGCUUUUUAAUUUAACACAGUAAAAAGAGACAUAUGUAAUUCUUCAUCUUUUAACACUCUCUAGCAUUGUCUCUUGUUUUAUCUUUUCUUAAAAUUAAAUUUAAAAGUAGAGAAUGUUGUGAACUACUACUGUAGGAAAGAGCUUUGGAGCACAACUCAAAAUGAAAUACUCAAAUUGAAUUGUAAUUGGGGCUAUUUUUUAAAAUGCUGGUAUCUGUUAGUAACUUUGUUCUCAGGAUCUUAAUAUUUAUCCCGGGGCAGCUAGGUGGCACUGUGGAUAGAGCACCGGCUCUGGAUUCAAAAGGACCUGAGUUCAAAUUCGACCUCAGACACUUAACACUUACUAGUUGUGUGACCCUUGGGCAAGUCACUUAACCCCAAUUGCCUCACACACAAAAAAACAUUUAUCCCUACUUGCCACUAUUGUCACAAAGGAGAAGAUAGGUUAUUCAUUUAAGUCUUGGCAUUUUAUGUUCUUGAGAGAGAAUAUCUGACUGUUAACAGAUUGAACCCAACUACAGGCAAUUGAGCCUUACUUGGUGCUAGUUUGGACAAACCUAUCUUUAUUCUUCCCAUGUGCUACUUGGUUUUAUUAGGUUCACAAAUCUUCGAUAUGAGGUUUUAAUUUGAAGUUGAUUUAUUUCCAUUUGGGGGAGAAUGUUUGAUGCAUAUUAGAGGACUUUGUGAGACUGUAAGUUUAAUAAAAGGUGAGUUUUAGACAGCCCAGCAGCAAUGAAUGCUAGAGGAAUGAAAAAGCAUAAGCAAGAACUGUCAACGUAUCAGUGGUGGGUUUUGAUUUGUUUUGCAUUUUUCUUAUUCCACAUCAUUCCAUAUUAUAUGGUUCAUUUCAUAAAGUAACACCCAAAAUGAUGGAAAAUUUUAAAAAUAUAAAUAGGACACAGAAUUUGGGGUUUUGCUAUUGUCUCUCUUCAUGGGAAUAGAAGCCAUUGAGGGCCUCUCUUUGUAGAAAGGUCUGGAUUGAAGCUGACUUGCCCAAUUAGGGCAAUGAAGGCACCUAUGGAAGGGAACCCAUCAAGUAGAAACUCUUACCAGGCUGGAGAUGAGCUUUCAUUUUCUGCUACCCUGCUGCAGACUAGACUCUCUCCCAUUGUCUUCUUUGCUCACAGUCCUGCUCUCUAGCCCUGAUUCAGGCUUUUUAGCUAGUAAGCUAGCUAGUGAACAAGUGGGCUCUUGUGGCUCCUACUUUGUCUCUGCCUUCCGAGUUUUCUUUCCCCAUAGGAGUGCCUUAUAGUACUGUGUUGUGUGUCUUUAUUCCUGCUUCCAAACCCUUCAUUAAACAGUUUGUCUAAUCCACUUGAAUCUGUCAGAUAAGUCUGUUGAGCCUUCAGGAUACUCAGCCUAAAAUAGGAAUCAUUUUGCUUGUUCCCCCCCUGGCCUCGAUGCUUUCUGCAUAUGAGAUAUAUACAGGGCCUGCAUAUUCCGAGAUGCAUGUCAAACCUUUCACCUUAGUUUAACUCGGUGCCUUAACUUCAAAGAACAAAGAGAAUCCUGUCAGAAAUGCUUUGCCAAGUUUGAACAGUACCAACUCUAGCUCGUGAGGAUUAUUGGCCAUUUUACCAGGAAAUACAAAGGAACCAAUAAUUUCAACUUGAAGCUGUUUUCUAAUCACUCGCUUUUUUUUUUAACCUUUAAUUAACUAGACUCAGGGGAAUUCAAUGAUAGCAUGAAGGCUUUGAACCAAUGGGUAGAAAUGAUGAAUAGCUAUUCAAAUGUGAACCUAUAAAGCAGUGAAAUUUAUAGCAGUUAGAGGGUCAGGGGAUGAAUUUGGACACAGGGAUUCUUUUCCUUUGUGGCCAGGAAUUUUCUUUUGAAUGUGCCACCCUAUCCAAAUAGAAAACCAGAAUCCUCUUGGGUGAAUAUCAUUCUUGCCAUAGAACACUGUGCUUUGUGUGGUAGAUCACCAGGAACAGUUCCCUGGUUUUCAACACUAGAGACCUAAAGUCAAAUUUUGUCUUUGACCAUAAGCAAAAGUCAUGGUUUAAACAGUCAAUCACAAAAGGCUAUCAGUUUGUCUGUCCUUACAAGGAAAAACUGAGAGGAAGGAAGGAUUGCUAAAAUCAUUGAGGUGUCCUGGGUUAGGAUUAAAGAGUAAAUAGGAAUUCUGUCAGAUGCAAUUCAUUCUCAUCCUGCCCGUUCAGGGAAAUAUAAUUGUUCCCUUAUUUCUGUGAGUGCUGGGUUCACUUGUACAAUUCAGAAUAAAGGAUUUUCAUUUUCAUAUCAUUGUGUAUGUGGCAAGAAACUAUUUUUCAGUGUGAUAAUUUAUAUUUAGAUUUUUCUGUCUUUUAAGUUUUUGUAUUGUUUUUAUUUAACUUUUCACUACUGGGUUUACAUUGCAUUUAUUUUUAAACUGAAUGUAAUAAUGUCUAAGUGAAAUUGAAGAUGUAUUGUUGACAAGCACCUGGUUUUUAUGGUCAUUUGUAACCUAAUUUAAGUGCACCAGUCCCUAAUGUGUAAAGGUAUCUCCUAAUUAAUAAACAAUACAAAACUAA